GCAGGGGAAGCGGCUGCCACCCCCCAGCUCCCUGCGCCUGCCGAGCGCUGGGCCCCAUGGAGCUGCUCCAGCGACACCUACCCGGGCUGCACCGCGUCCUGCGGGGGGCACUGGAUUACGUCUCCAGCUUCUCCACCUACCUCUUGGGGGAGCAGGCGCACCCAGGCGCAGAGGAUCAUGGGAAACGCGGGGAGACUGACUCCUCCGACCCCCCCAAGGGGGUGUCAACAGGCGGCUAUGGGGAAGGAGACCCAGAGCAUUAUGGGGAGGAGGCGCCGGGGGGGCAGCGUGAGGACGCUGGAGACCCGCCCCUGCAGGUGCCCCCAGAUGCCCGAGACCCCACCCCCCAGGGGGGCCACACGGUGCUGAGGGGGUCCGGAGCCCGCGUGGGGUCUGUGUCAGACCAGGACACCCCCCACCCCCUCUGGGCAUGGCCGGGGGCUGUGAGCCUGGAGCCUGGAUGUGGGGAGCCGGCAGCCCCAGGGGGGCGGGCCCCACCCCCCAGCCCCUCCCUCAGCCAGGAGCCCGGCCCGGCCGGAGGGGGGCGCAGCAUCUGGCAGGGGGCCGCGACGGAGGAGGGGGGGCUCCCAGGGAGUCGUGCCCAGGGAGGGGCCCAUGGGACCGGCCACAUCUGGCUGGAGGAGCAGAGGGAGCCCAGGGGGAGCCCCUGCCUAAAGGCUGAGGAGGGGGGGGGAACUGGGGGGGCCAGCCCCAUGGAGGAGGGAGGCCUUGGGGGGAGCAACACCCAAGGGGGCCCCGGGGCCGGCAGCCGCUGGCCUGGGGAGGCGCGGGGCCGGGAGGGGCAGGGCCAGGGCCAGGGGGACCUCGGGAGGGGCAGCCUCUGGCUGGGGGCGCACGGAGGCAGCCGGGAGUCGGGGGCCCCCAUUGGGGAGUGCGAGGAAGGGGGCGGGGCUAGGGAGGGGAGCUGGCCCCAGGGAGGGGCCCCGGGGGAGGGCUCGGGGGCCCCCCUGCUCUGCCUCGUCCCCCAGCUCGAGCUCCCAGAUGGCGCCCAGACCCCCCUGCCGGAGCCUGGAGUGGUCUCCCCCCUGGACGUGAGUGCGCAGAGGAGCCGGGUGCUGCUGCGGAGGAAGGGGUCGGUGCGCCGGGCGCCCAGCCUGCGGGGCCAGAGACCCCCCGGGGGGGCCCCGCCCCAGCCCCCCCAGGAGCCCGGCCCCCCAGGGGGCUUCCUGCCCCCCCAGCCACAGACACCCAGGAGGCAGCUCCCAGGGCAUGCUGGCUUCGGCCUCGCCCACCCCAACAUGAUGGCAGAGCUGAAGUUUCGUCUGCGCAGACCCCCCCCGCCCCAGUGACGCUGCCCCACCCCCACGCGCCGGGGACCCUGGGGGGUGGGGGCUUGUGCCACUUCCUGGCCGGGCAGCCCCCCCUCCCCCUGCUGCCUGGGAUCGGACCCAGGAGUCCCGGUGUGUCUGGGGACCAUGGAAUAAAGAAAAGACGCGUGAAAGGAGUGUGGGGCGUGGAACCGGGGGGGGGGGGGGGGGACGUGGCAGGUACUGUAGGACCCACCAAAAUCAUAGAGGCUGAAGGGUGGGGAAGGUUCCAGGAAAGAAGAUGCACCUGACAGCCCAUGAGUUCCUGUAGGACCUACCAAAAUAGCACCUUGUGGGUUCUGUUUACUUCGCGUAUCAGUCAGCAGGAGGUUCCCAGAAACCCCCAGGGCGAAGGGGAAUGAGGAGGGGCUGAGUCAUCCAGAAACAGGGAACGGAAAAGAGAAACCAGUCGAGAGAACCCAGGCGUCCGGGCUCCUGCCCUCCCCGAGCUGGGAGAGAACCCAGGCAUCCGGGCUGUGGGAAAACAACGAGACCCUUCACAUUCAUCACUUUAUUACAAACAAUAAAUAAAAAAUCACAUUUCUUGGUAAUAAAU